AUGGCCAGGCGCUUGUCCGAUAAAGAUGAUGAUGAAGACGACGGGACAGAGGAGAAUGCCAGUGAUCUAUCGGGCUCAGUUUACGAAAACGAGAGUGAAACCGAUUCGUCAACCAACUCCUCACCUAGUUCCGUGCCGGCUACAUCAGACGAACCGAAAACCCCGCAGUCUGAUUCAGCUGAGGACUCAACUGUAGGACCCAGACGCUCGGGUCGCUUAAAGCGUGCUUCUCUAACCGCUGCUAAAAUGACACUUAACCGACGCAAUCCAACUAUCGGUGCAACUGAGACGUCUGAUCGAACGAAAGUUCAGUCCUCGCAUUUUUCCCCACUCUGCUGGGUUCUGGCCGCAUGCAGGAGAAGGCUAUCAAAGUCGAUAAAACAAAUGGCUAUCGACCACUUUUCUAAAGCGAUCGAGGCACUCAAAAUUUCUUUCAAGCAUGCAGAGCAUCCUUUUGCAUUCCAACCCAGCCUAAUUCGUUCAGUAUCCUUUAUAAAGAGGCUUUUCAAGUUCGCCAAGAUGCCUUAUUUGCGACAACUUUUAUGUGGCAUCCGUACAACUACAGAACAUCCCGACUGGGUUGGUUGGCCAACACAAGUGCAUAUUCGUGCCCAGUACCCGAACCGUCUGUUUGUCGGCUAUUCCCGAGGACACGUCGCACUCUACGACCUCAGCUGUGUCAAUCCAAUGUACUUCAGUGCCGCUGACUGUCACCUUGCUCCAGUUCGCCUGUUCCACCUGAUCAACGGGCCGGUCCGAAGCAUGAGUUUGAAUUGUGUGAAUGGCCGGAUGCUCUUGGUACAAGGCAUGAAUUUCCACAUCCAAGUGUGGGAUAUUGAAGACAGUGUCGCACAAACAGCAGACUCCCCAGAAAUGUCUUACUCCGUUAAUCAUGGAUUACCAGGUUCGGAAGUCCUCUGGCACAGUCGUGGUGAUAUGUGGUUUUUCUCACGAGAGAACACCUUUCAAAGACGUGCGUUGCUCAACUCCCGAGGAGUGCCGAUGCGAGACUAUGCGGAUUUGAUCACACAGUCCGACAACCUCGUGGGAAUGACAAUGUUUCCAGCUGCGCCGGAUAGUCUGCGUCAUCUUAUCCCCUUGGGACUGCAGUGUGUUACGCGCUUGGACCUAAGCGAACCGUUAAACACUUUGCUGUGUGCCACAGAUCGAGGUCGUCUUGAAUUGGUCUUGUGCACUCUGGACGGUCGAUCCAACCUCUCUAUAAAAGAGCGAUAUCUGUCCCAGAUGCGUGUUCCAGUUUGUCAGUGGACCAUGGAACAGGUGGAGCACACAGCCGAGUCAUUGGAUGACGUGUUCCGUCGGCUGACCGCAUCCAAAUGUUACAUUCUACCCGCCUCGGCCACUUUCACCCCACCAGCACUCUCGAAUGAUUUUAGCGAUCCCAGUUGUGGUGACUGCGCCUCGGAACGAAGUUUCUGUUGGCACAAAUUGUGGUCCGGCUACAAGUUGACCGCUCAAAUUGAGGAUCAAGUGCCUAUGAAACCGUCCGCUGACUACUUCAAAACCCCGUUUCUGAGUAUUUCUGAGGCCCGGUUUUGUCCAAACGUGGAGUCAGCCACUUGGAUCGCGAUGGGAACAGCCUGCGGCUUUGUUCAAUUCUACUGUGCCGAUUUUCUCUACCUAAGCGAGUUUAGCGAGCUUCUGAAUGAGGCCGAGGUCAGUUCGAGUUCUUCGUGUUUAAACAGCGGAAAGAUGCCUGAGAUCAGGUCCAUUCCUACCCCGUACAUCUGGCGACAUUCGCGAGCAAAGCUGGGCGCCGCAGAUACGCAGAACGUGGCCAGACGACGUGCCUUGCGCACUGCCAGAGAGGGACUACCUAAAGGUAUUUCCCGCCCACAUAGUCGAAUAUCGCUUCUGAGCACAUCCAGACGAGAAAAUGUUUCCCCCUCUGAUUCGGACACCACAGAGGCUAUGACAGACAUUACCGACGAGCGCGCUGAUACUUCCUCGGACACGCGGAAACGGAAUCCUAAGCGGCGGGAACACCGGAUCAGCAAUUCUGAAGUACGUCGAAUGGUAUUCGGGAGAAAUAACUCACCCUCGAUAGAUGAAUUGAUCACACUGCACAGGUUGCGUUGGCUUGGCCACGUGCUGCGUAUGCCAGUCGACCGACUUCCUCGAAGGGCUCUUUUCGCCCAACCAUGUGAAGGGUGGAAGAGAGCCAGAGGCGGUCAAACAAUGACUUGGCAGCGAAGUAUGAAGGCCAUUACCAGCAAACUCAGCUGCGCUGGUCACUGCCGUCUUCCUGGAUGGGGACCCCGAGACGGGCCACAUCAAUGGCUAGAGACAUUAUCAGACAUGGCCCAGUCGCGCCCUCAGUGGCGCUCGUGCAUCCAAGCUAUUGCCUUCAAUGCAUAG